AUGAUUUAUUUUAGGAAGAUUUUGAAAAUAUGGCAAUAUAUUGCUGUCAUUUCAUCGGAAUACAAUGCACUACACAGAUUGAAGCAAUAUGGGAUCAAAUUCAUCUAGCAUUUUAAGGAUGAUGAUUUGACUGACUAUACACUGAGGCUGAAAAAGCUGGGAGCCAAUGUCUCAUCGAUAAGAAUGGGCAUACCGAUAUUUAAAAUAAUAAAGAACCUAAUUGAUUUUAUCUCCUCAAUUUCUGAUAAUUGGCUCUAUUUAGCAAAGGCACUAAUCAUAUACCAAAAGAAAAAGGAAGAUCCAAAGGUAGAUGCUGCUUAAAUGAUAAGUAAUAAAAAGCUAUGGUUCAUCCAGAAACUCUCUGACAUUCCUAUCCAAAUUUUUUACACGGAACUUACAAAUAUGACCAAAGGCUAAGCCCAUGUUCUUAGUCUAAUAUCCCCUAUUGUGUUUAUUUUAAGACAUUAUGGAUACCAAUGA